AUGAGCUCGCGUGUUAAUAGUGGAGGAUCAAUUACGUCAGGCUCUUCAACCGAGAUCUCGCGAAUUGAAGCAGACAAGGAAAACAUACAGCCUCUAAAGCAAGGCCGUUCUGCUAAUAAUUUGGUAAAAGCCUUGUCUCUGAACAAGGAGACACGCAAGGAAGUGCUUGCUAGAGAAAGAGACCAAUUUGAAGCUUCAUUAGAUCCUGCUCGACUUGAAGACCUAGAUGAUCCAUUGGAACCUUAUUUGAAAUACUUGGACUGGAUCCACACUCAUUAUCCUUCUGGGGCUAGCACAGAAUCAGGACUAAUUCAGCUGCUCGAGAGAAUAACACAUGAUUUCAGAGAUGACGAAUACUACAAAAACGAAGUGCGCUACUUCAAAGUUUGGCUGGAAUAUGUGAAGUUCAGCGAUAAUCCUCGAGACAUAUUCCAAUAUCUUUACAAGAAAAAGAUUGGUCUAUCUCUUUCGCUGUUGUAUGAAAGCUUUGCAAAUUUCAUGGAGUUGGAACAGGAUUUCUUGAAAGCUGAGGAGCUGUACCAAGCAGGCAUUAGUGCAAAAGCCAGGCCACUUAAUAGGCUGAUCCGUGCAUACGAAAAUUUCAAGAUCAGAAGAGCCCAGUGCUCGCGUGUGCAAAAAAGGCAGGGUUUAGGAGUUUUGCAUAAUCCAUCCGGCGGGGGCUUGCAAGUAGUGACGAAACCAGGGCCUUCUCGCAGCUCUAAAGCUUUUGCUGUAUUUAAUGACGCAGAGUCGAAACCUUCAUCAGCCACUGAAGGGAUAUGGCAGCACCUUGAUACGAUAGACAAUUCGAAGAAGGAGAAUGUGAUACGUCCAACAUCGUGGUCAGGGGAAAAGCUGAUACAACAAAGGGCCCCUAGAGCGAAAGAGCCUACUUUUGAGGUUUUUAAGGACAACGAAUUGCACUUUCCUGUCUGCAAAAUUAUACACAACCCAGGAAAACGCAUUGAGAAGUUUGAUUUCAAUUUUGACCUCUUAUAUCCUGAUGGUGAGGAUGAGAGAAGUCUUAUGGAGGUGUUACUUCUCAGCCGUGGAGUAUACUAUUUAGCAAAAAAGCGAAAAUCCGAACACAGCUCAGGAACUCCGUCUAAGAAGCUCACACUUUCAACGGAUGCUGAAAAUGAGACCAAAUUGCUUAACUCGCCAACGCUAACAUUUUAUUCACGCCAGUCCAUGAAAGAGGUUCUCCAGAUGCUCAACCAGCCGUUGAAAGAAACUACAGUCCACGAUGAAGAACCUCCCUUGGACGAAGGGUUAAGCGAUUUUAUCACGGAAACCAUCACCAACCAUACACCUGCCACGCCAAUAAAAACGACAAACGAGGAUACUGGUGUAAUGAGCUCUCCGUUCUUGGAAGAGCCGCUUCACUCCGAUCCUGGGAAAGGGGACGUUCUGAUUAACCCGUUCGAUCACAAUCUGCAAAAAAAUCUAUUAUACAAGCAAUCGUCGCAUCUCUCAAGUUAUGAUAACUACCACCAUUCGACUGCCAAGCGUGAAAAAUACAAUAGUUUAAGAAGUUUGCUUAAGCCACGUGCUGCUCCAAUAAUGGGUAGUCGUCAGUUAAUGAUUGAAUUUGAGAGCGAAACGUUUUGUUUCACCAAACAGCUAGGGAAUCCAGAUAAAGCAGCUACGUAUUUGAGCGAGAAAUCAGAUGGAACCGCUUCAGCAAUAAAGGUUUAUUCACCUCCAGUGGAAUGGGAGUACUAUAUACUCAAACAACUGGAAGUUAGAACGCCAGGAAACUUCAUUAAAGUUAUUGAUUUCUAUAAGUUCGAGGACGAGUCGUACCUCAUAUUGCCAUACUUGAAACACGGGACCCUCUGGGAUCUCAUCCAGCUGACAUCACAGUCAAAAUCAAUCAAAUUGGAAGAAUCGAUGGUUAUCUACCUUACGGCACAAUUGUUAAAGCAAACCUCUCUUCUGCAUUCAAUAAGAAUAGUUCACGCCAACCUCAAGGCAGAAAAUUGUAUUUUAGAUCUGUCUCCAAGCACGAAGCCUAGCUACCAUGACUUGAAACUUAUUGAUUUUCAAAACUCAGUCGACCUAUCCCUGUUUCCAGACAAUGUUCGUUUCUCUGCUCAGUUGCCAAGUGGUACCUGUCCUUCAGAUGAAGUAUGGAAUUCCUGGAGGCACGAACCUGAUUACUAUGGAUUGGCGAACAUCGUCCAUAUGCUAUUAUUUGGCAGAGAGUUGGGAGGCCUGAGAACUAGUUCAAAUAUGAAAAUCCGUGAAAACAUGCCCAGCUACUGGCAGAAAGAAUUAUGGAGUGAGCUUUUCAAAGUUUUGCUAAACGCGCCAAAUCUCGAUUGCGAGCAAGGCGUUCCUCUUAGAUUGCUUGCAAGCAAAUUCGAGAAUUGGGUGAACCUCAACUGGUCAUCCUGUGGUCUCUCCAAACAACUGGCAAAGAUCACAGAUUUUAUGGACGACCAGAGGAAAAGGAAUAAAAUAUAA